AUGCCCCCCAGCUGCCAGGACCUGCUGGAUGCCCAGGCACUGCCCGAGCUGUCCCAGCGCAACUGGGCGCUGAGCCAGGCCUGCGCCUCCUACCAGCGCCUGUGCCCACCCGAGGGGGCCCAGCACCACUGUGCCCCGCUCAGCGCCCGGCUUUGCCGCCACCGCCUCCAGGAGUGCCGUGCCAGGACCCGCCCCCCCUCACCCCAGCUUUGUUCCCCAGGGAGCUGCGGGCACCGUGGGGGCCCCCAAGCGAACGCCACAGCCCCCCGAGGACGGAUCAUGGGCGGCAGUGUGGCCCCGCGGGGGGCCUGGCCCUGGCUGGUGUCGGUGCGGCUCCACGGGGAGCUGAUGUGUGGAGGGGUGCUGGUGGGGCACUCCUGGGUCCUCACCGCAGCCCACUGCUUCGCCGGGAACCGGAACGAGCUGGCGUGGACAGUGGUGGUGGGUGACCACGAGCUGGGCAAGACGGACGUGGGCGAGCAGGCAGUGCCAGUCCGGCGCAUCCUGCCUCACCCCAAGUUUAACCCCAAGACGUUUCACGGGGACCUGGCGCUGCUGGAGCUGGCAGUGCCGCUGGCCCCCUCACCCACCGUCAGCCCCGUGUGCCUGCCCAGCAGCCCCGCGGAGCCCAGCCCUGGCACCACCUGCUACAUCACAGGCUGGGGCUCCCUCUACGAAGAGGGGCCAGCGGCCAACGUGGUGAUGGAGGCGCGAGUGCCCCUGCUCAGCCAGGAGACGUGCCGGGGUGCCCUGGGCAGCGACAUGCUCACCAACGCCAUGUUUUGCGCUGGGUACUUGUCUGGGGGCAUCGACUCCUGCCAGGGUGACUCGGGGGGCCCGCUGGCAUGCCAGGACCCCUCCUCACACCGCUUCGUCCUCUACGGUAUCACCUCAUGGGGCGACGGCUGCGGCGAGCGGGGCAAACCGGGCGUCUAUACCCGUGUCGCCGCCUUUGUGGACUGGCUAAGCCUCCAGAUGGACCCCGCCCCCGGCAGCCGGGAACCAAGCUGCUUCGACCUGCUGGCACUGGCCCAGCUGCCCCCUGAGCAGCAGCCACCCGAGCGCGCCCGUCUCUGCGCCUUCUACACCGGGUCCUGCCGGGCCCCCCAGGGCCGGGCUGCCUGCAUCCGCCUGUCCGAGGAGACCUGCCUCGCCAGGACGAGACGAUGCGAGCUGCACUCCUACACCCAGACCUUGGUGGAUCUCCUGCGCCGGGCUGGGGACUUCAUCCGAAACCAGUUCGACUUCUCCUUCCUCACCCAUGCCCUGCCCCAGCUCCUGGGCAAGAUCUAUGGGCACCUCUUCCCGCCCCGUGUCCGCAGGGAUGCCCCAGGCCCAGCUGCGGCAGGGGGCCAGCCCAGCCCCACGGCAGAGGGACCCCAGAGACCCCCCACCAGGCGGCCUCCCCCCUUCGCAGGGCUCUUUGGGGCCGUGGGACCACGGCUGCAGGACUGGGUGGAGGCACUGAGGGCCAUGGCAGAGGGCAGCACCCUGGUGCCUACCCCGGGAGGGGGGCAGCUCCACGGGGAGACGUGGCUCUUCUUGCAGGUAUUUGGGAGGGAUGGGCUGGGGGGAGCCCCUACUCCUCUGCUGUGCCCUGCGCUCUGCCACAGUGCACCUGACCAUGCCCAUGGGUACCCUGUGGGUGCCCCACCGUCCACCCUGUCCCCUUACCUUCAGCAGGGCGAGGAGGUGGUGGAGGAGCUGGUGGGACAGGGACAAGCCUUCCUUGCCCAGCUGCGGGCAGAGCUGGACCUCGGCACCCCUCUUGAAGCCAUGGAGCCGCGAUGGGCACCCAGAGAGCUGGCAGGGACCCCCACACUGAGACGGCCCGCACCAAGGGAGAAACGUGAACUAAUGCCCACAGAGCUGCCGGGGGUGAAGGAGGAGGAGGAGGAGGCAGGCGCAGGCAGAGCCUGCCCCGGCCUCAACGAGUCAGUGGUGCGGGUGGGUGCGGUGCAGGAGCUGUACGCCUGGGUGCUGCGGGUGCCUGAGCCAGACCUGGCCAUGACCUUCCAAGAGAUCCUGGUGGACUUGGGCUCCAAAAAUGCCAAGGGGCUGUACCGGGCACAGGUGCGGGCCAUGGUGGGGGGCCGCCCCACGGCCUUCACUGGCCUCGUGGGGCUGGAGAGCGACUCGCUGGCCCGCAGCAUGCCCGGCCUUGUCGCUCUGGCACUCGAGGCACUGAAAACUUAA